AUGGGGUCUGAUGAGUCGUAUAAUUUUGUCUUCAAAGUGGUUUUGAUAGGGGAGUCUGGCGUAGGAAAGAGCAACCUUCUGUCUCGCUUUACCAAGAAUGAGUUCAAUCAUGACAGUCGCACCACCAUUGGCGUCGAGUUCAGCACGCGGACUGUCCAGCUGGACAACUACGCCAUCAAAGCUCAAAUCUGGGACACAGCGGGGUUGGAGCGCUACAGGGCUAUCACCUCAGCGUAUUACAGGGGAGCAGUUGGAGCACUGUUGGUCUACGACAUUAGCAAACACCUGACCUAUGAGAGCAUAGAUCGAUGGUUGAAAGAGCUGUUCGACCAUGCUGACCCUCACAUCGUGGUCAUGUUGUUGGGAAACAAAAGAGACCUGGAUACCCUUAGGACCGUGCCUACAGAGGAGGCCAAGGACUUUGCAGAGAAGAGAGGUCUCAUGUUCAUGGAGACAUCAGCGUUGGACUCCACCAAUGUCGAAAAUGCUUUCAAUGAAGUCCUCAAAGCGAUCCAUAAGAAGGUGGCCAGCAGAGAGGUGACCCGUGGCUCCAUCUGUGCUGUAACCCUGUCCAACCCCACCAGUGAGGCACAGGAGGGGCGCAGAAACUGCUGCAAGAGCUCCUAACUGACUGCUGCCCUGUAAAGAUCUGCUCUGCCCAUGUUGAACCAACAUCACGCUUGACUUGUUGAAGCUUACACAUGAUUGACAUGCAAUUUGAAGAGUGAGGUACCUGCCUGACACUUGAGCAGUCAGUGUACAAAACUAUAUAUACACUACUGGUCA